AUGGUUGGAGCUUCUGUUCUUGCUUCAGCACUUAAGGUGAAUGGAGGCUUAGAAGAGUUGCAGAUAUGGGAAGACUCCAUUGGCUCAAAGAGUGCAGAGGAGCUGUCCAAAAUGAUAGAAGUUAACUCAACAUUGAGGCUACUCACCAUUUUCGAUUCCAAGUCUAUUACUGCCACACCUUUGAUUUCAGCAGUUCUUGCGAGGAACAGGUCAAUGGAAGUGCAUAUUUGGAAUGGAGAGAACAAUGAGAAAACUUCAAAGGUGGUUGAGUUUGUACCUGAAAACAGCACCCUUCAGAUAUAUCGCCUUAAUGUCUCGGGUGCUUGUAGAGUUGCUUGUGCUUUAGGGAUGAAUUCGACUGUGAAGACACUCGAUCUGACAGGAGUAUGGUUGAAGUCCCGAUGGGCAAAGGAAUUCCGAUGGGUUUUGGAACAGAAUAGGACCCUCAAAGAGAUAAAUUUGUCAAACACUUGCUUGAAAGACAAAGGAGUUGUUUAUGUUGCAGCUGGCCUUUUCAAGAACCACAGCUUGCAGAAGCUGUAUCUUAAAGGAAAUUGGUUUGAAGGUGUUGGUGUAGAACAUUUACUUUGCCCUUUGAGCCGGUUUUCUGCGCUGCAAUAUCCAGCAAAUAUCACUCUCAAAUCACUUACUUUUGGAGGAAAAAGAAACAAAAUUAGUAGGGAUGGGCAUGCAGCAAUCCUGCAGAUGUUGACAAGUAACGAAAGCCUUACCAGCUUCGGAAUAUAUAAUGAUGAGAGUUUAAAACUGGAUGACAUAAUCAGAAUCUUUAGGAGUUUGGAGAAGAAUGCUACAUUAAGAUGCAUAUCUUUACAAGGUUGUAAAGGGGUGGAUGGUGAAGCAGUCCUCCAAACUAUCAUAGAAUUGCAGGUAAAUCCUUGGAUUGAAGACAUUGAUAUUUCAAAAACUUCAUUGCACAAUGCAGGGAAAACAGAAACGAUAUAUCAGAGAUUGGGUCAGAACAACAAGGCCGAACCGGAGAUUGAUUUGCUCAAAGACAUGCCAAUGACAGAGCCAAAGAGCUGUAGGGUCUUCCUCUGUGGGCAAGAAUAUGCUGGAAAAACUACACUAAGCAAUUCUAUACAUCAACACUUUUCUUCUCCGAAAUUGCCGUAUAUUGAUCAAGUGAGAGCUCUUGUAAACCCAAUUGAGCUAGCUGUUCGACCUAUAGGCAUGAAGAUAAAAACUUUCAAAGAUGAAGAUACAAAGAUCUCAAUUUGGAAUCUUGCAGGGCAGCAAGAAUUUUAUGCCCUCCAUGAUCUAAUGUUUCCAGGACAUGGACGUGCCUCCAUUUUCCUGAUCAUCUCCAGUUUGUUCAGGAAACCAAAUAACUGGGAACAGAAAACCCCCGAUGAAGUUGAAGAAGAUCUGCAGUACUGGUUGAGGUUCAUUGUUUCAAAUUCAAAAAGAGCUCUUCAGCAGUGCAUGCUGCCAAAUGUAACUGUGGCGCUUACACACUAUGACAAAAUCAAUCAAUUAUCACAGAACCUACAGCUUAUUGUAGACUCAAUCCGAAGGCUACGAGACAAAUUUCAAGGCAUUGUUGAAUUCUACCCAACUGUAUUUACAGUUGAUGCAAGAUCUUCUGCACUAGUAAGUAAGAUUACCCAUCACUUUCAAAAGACAAGCAAGACGGUUCUCCAAAGGGUUCCUAGAGUGUAUGAGCUUGGCAACGAUCUCAUGCAAAUUCUGUCAGACUGGAGAUUGGAAAACCAUAAUAAGCCAGCAAUAAAGUGGAAGGAGUUUGGUGAUCUAUGCCAAGUCAAGGCUCCAUUGCUCAGGGUUCGUUCUAGACUUGAUAAUAAAGAGAAGGUGGAAACGAGGAGAAGGGCUGUUGCUACGUGCCUUCAUCACAUUGGCGAGCUUUUGAGAUUAGAUGUCAAAAAGCAGACUUCAGCUGGGGAUGGAUUCAUAAGUAGAAAAGAGCUGGAAAAAGUUCUGAGAAGCAGUCUUGAUAGCCAGAUUCCAGGGAUGGGCUCAAGAGAUUUUGAGAACUUGGAUGCAAGUGAUCUUGUGAGAAUGAUGCUGAAACUUGAAUUAUGCUAUGAACAAGAUCCUUCAAAUACCAAUUCUCUAAUGUUGAUACCCAGCUUUCUUGAAGAAGGUAAGGGGAAACAGCCAAAGUGGCCGAUAAACUCAAGUGAAUGCAUUUAUGCAGGAAAGCACCUUCAGUGUGAUGAUUCAAAUCACAUGUUUCUAACACCGGGAUUCUUCCCCCGCUUACAGGUACAUUUGCACAACAAAGUAAUGGGGUUGAAAUAUCAAAUGGUCUAUGGAGCGACAUACGGCCUUGAAAAGUACAUCAUUGCACUGAGCAUCAAUGGAAUCUAUGUCUGCGUAGAACUUGGGGGUCAAUUAGGCAAUUAUGUUGAUGUGCUUGCCUGUUCCACAAAGCACCUGACAGAAACUCUAAGGCUAUUCCAGCAGCUUAUAAUACCAGCAAUCCAGAGCCUUUGCCAUGGGGUCACACUUACUGAAAACAUUAUUCCACCAGAAUGUGUAAGAAAUUUAAUACCACCAAGGUACAGGAGAAACCAGAUUCUGUCUACAUUUGCUGGAAUAGCCAAGGGUGUUGAAGAAGUCUUGCAGAGACUUACAAUUAUACAGCAAGAACUUAGGGAUAUAAAGCAAGAAAUCCAAGGCCUCAGAUACUACAAAUACAGGCUUCUCAUCGAGCUAAACUGCAAAGUGAACUAUCUUGUGAACUUCAGUGUCCAAGUUGAAGAAAGAAAAGUGCCAAACAUGUUCUACUUCGUAAGGACAGAGAACUACUCGAGGAGACUGAUCACCACCAUGAUUUCAGGAAUCAAUUCUCUCUGGCUGCACAUAUUAUGCGAGUAUCGGGGAGAAAUGCAUGUGGUUGAAGAUUAGAUAGGUUGUGAAUUAAUGCAGGUUGAUAACAGGGCAGUAAAAUGCCUGUUUCCGUACAUGACGAAGUUCAUGAAAUUGGUGACAUUUGCUCUCAAGAUUGGAGCUCAUUUAGCAGUAGGCAUGGGAGAAAUCAUACCAGAUUUGAGUAGAGAAGUUGCACAUCUACUCAAAUCUCCCGCUGCAUAUAGUGCAGCAGGGGUUGCUGCUGCUGGUGUUGUUGGGGUUGCAGCAGCAGGACGUGUGGAGAGAAAUAGGGGAUCAAGGAUCAUCCAACAAGAUCUUAAUGCAGCACAGCAAUGGGUUGUUGAUUUUUUGAGAGAUCAAAAGUGCUCUGGUGGAAGAGAUAUUGCUGAAAAGUUUGGAUUAUGGAGAGUUAGAUACCGAGACAGUUGCCAGAUUGCAUGGGUCUUAAGGAGUUCAGGAUAG